AUGAUUCACUAUAGAAAUCUUCCAACUACAUACAGAAAUGAUAUGGAGAACUAUCAAAUUCGUCGAUUUGAGAAAGCCACCCGUUUCAACCUUUCCUAGUAAAAUUAGAUUGGGAGAAGAAGAACACUUAGAAUACAACCAUAAUUAUUAAUGACUUCUUAAAAGAAAUUCUUUGUAGAAUUGGUAGCAUUAAAUGAAGAGAAAUCAAAAUAUUUAUUGUACAAAAGUGAUAUAAAAAAGGUUCAAAUUUAACUAAAGAGGAAAAAGUUCUGAAUCAACAAUUGAAGGUACAUUAAAUAAUACUGCUUAAUUGAUUAUGUUAUCACUUCCUUACUUUUGUACGAAUCAUAAUAAAAGAUAAACCAUAUUGAAAAAAUGGANUAUCUUUCAAUAUUAUUAUUAUUAUUAUUAUUGA